CGCGUGCGCGCGGCCGGGCAGCCCGGGCAGCGGGUCCUGCGUGUGACGGGAGGUGGCGGCGGGUCCUGCCUGUGUCUGCGGCGGCGCCUGCUCCAGACGCCGGCGGCGGCGGCGGCGGCGGCGACCCGGCGGCGGGCGCGGAGAUGUGGCCCCUGGUCGUGCUUCUGCUGCUGGGCUCGCUGCGCAGCGGUUCAGCUCAACUAAUAUUUAAUGUAAUCAAAUCUGUAGAAUAUACCGUAUGCAAUCAAACCGUUGUCAUCCCAUGUUUUGUUAAUAAUGUGGAGACGAAGAACGUUACUGAAUUGUAUGUCAGAUGGAAAUUCAAAGGAGAAAACAUUUUCAUCUUUGAUGGAAGUCAGCGGAUGUCCAAGUCCAGCAGUAACUUUUCUAGUGCAAAAAUCACACCAUCGGAAUUACUGCGUGGCAUUGCCUCUUUGAAGAUGGAUAAGAGUGAUGCCGUCUCAGGAAACUACACUUGCGAAGUAACAGAACUGAGCAGAGAAGGGGAAACCAUCAUAGAACUAAAAUAUCGUGUUGUUUCAUGGUUUUCUCCAAAUGAAAAUAUCCUCAUUGUUAUUUUCCCAGUUUUGGCUAUACUUCUGUUCUGGGGACAGUUUGGUAUUGUGACACUUAAAUAUAAAUCCAAUUAUACGAAGGAGAAAGCCAUUUUUCUAUUAGUUGCUGGACUACUGCUCACUGUUCUUGUCAUUGUUGGAGCCUUUCUUUUAAUCCCAGGUGAAUAUUCAACGAAGAAUGCUUCGGGACUUGGUUUAAUUGUACUUCCUACAGUAAUAUUAAUAUUACUUCAUUACUGUGUGUUUAUGAUAGCUAUGGGGAUGUCCUCCAUCACCAUCAGCAUACUGAUCCUUCAGAUUCUGGGCUAUGUGCUAUCUGUGGUCGGAUUCAGCCUCUGUGUCUCAGAAUGUGUCCCAGUGCAUGGUCCUCUUCUGAUUUCAGGUUUGGGUAUUAUAGCUCUAGCAGAAUUACUUGGAUUAGUUUAUAUGAAAUGUGUUGCUUCCAAUCAUAGGACUAUACAACCUCCUAAGAAAGCUGUAGAGGAACCUCUUAAUGCAUUUAAAGAAUCAAAAGGGAUGAUGAACGAUGAGUAACUGAAGUGGAGUGAUGGACUCUGAUUUGGAGAGUAGUAUGACAUGAAAGAAAUACACUUGUGUUUAAGCACCAUGGCCUUGAUUCAUUGUCCUGGAGAAGAAAACAAGAAAAGUAACUGGUUUCCAUCUAUUGGAGAAAGUAAAUAAUUGACCUUUAAAUGAUUGUUACUGUUAAGUUUUUAUUCAAAGCAUUUUUAAAUUUAAUUAAUAAAUGAAUUAUGAUCUGUGUUGUGUGCCCAAUUGA